GAUGUAUACCUAAACACAUGUUUGGAAGGGCGUUGAUUUGAUUUCAAAUUCUUUAUGUUUUGACCUGCAUAGCAAUGGCGGAUUGUAUGUUUAUCACAUAUUUCAUAUUGUCACUAACAUUUAAAUUAUGUAUAGGACAAAAAGAAAAACUUACUUUGUUGGAUUCUCUUGAUAGUGAAGAACCACAAAAAUCUAUAGAUACUUUGGAUUCUAAUGAUAAUAUUGGUGGGCAUCAACGUUUUAAAUGUCAUAGUUGUGAGGAACCAGACUGUUUAUAUCAAGAAGUCUGCUAUAAUGCUGUUACUUGUUAUAAAUCUAGGGUAAGACAAUCAGAUGGUACAGAAAGUUUAAGUAGAGGAUGUACUGAUUCGAUAGAUCAAAUGUUAUUUACAUGCAAUAAGCAAUUACCAUCAAGAGUAAAUCAAAACAAUAGCAGUAAAAAAAGGCAUGUGAGUAGUUCUGGAGGUGAGCUAUAUUAUGUUGAAUGUUGUCAAACAGACUUCUGUAAUGAUGGACCAUUUCCCUUAUUAAAUAAUUUUAAUCAAGAUGUUGAAGAAAAUUAUGCAAUUAAAUUGACACUAGCAAUUUUGGGUCCAAUGGUAGGAUUCUGUAUUAUUACUGGAAUUCUGUUAUUUUAUUUAUUGGUAUGUAGGACCCGUAGAAAGAGGACUUUGGCUGCAGGACGUAAUAAACUUGUCAUAGAUUCUGAAAUGGAACCAUCUAUUUUACAUUUCUCAUUUUCCUCUCCAACAUCUACUACCAUGAAUCAUUCCCAUGAGCUUAGAGCAACAGCAGCUGGUGACAGUACAUUGAAGGAAUAUUUAGAUGGAAGAAGUUUAACAAGUGGUUCAGGUUCCGGUUUACCAUUAUUAGUUCAAAGAACUUUGGCUAAACAAGUAACAUUAGUAGAGUGUCUUGGUAGUGGCAGCAAUGGUGGAUUUGGUGGAGAAGUUUGGAGAGGAAUAUGGCAUGGUGAAAAUGUUGCUGUAAAAAUAUAUUUUUCACGAGAUGAAGCAGCCUGGGCUCGUGAAACGGAAGUUUAUUCUCAGCUCUUACCGUCAAGACACGAUAAUAUUCUUGGAUAUGUGGGAAGCGACAUGACAAGUAGAGCGAGUUGCACCCAACUUUGGCUGGUAACUCAUUAUCAUCCAAUGGGAUCACUUUUUGAUUACUUAAAUCGAUCACGACAUUCUUUGACGCAUAAUCAAACGUUCAGCAUCUGCUUGAGUAUUGUCAAUGGUUUGCUGUAUCUUCAUACAGAAAUUCAUGGUACUAGAGGAAAACCAGCUAUGGCACACCGUAAUCUGAAAUCUAAAAAUAUUCUUGUUAAAACUAAUGGGAGUUGUGUAAUUGCUGAUUUUGCGUUAGCAGUAACGCAAGAUCGCCUAUCUACAGAUAGAAUUGAUUUGAAACAAGGCACAAAACGAUACAUGAGUCCGGAAAUUCUUGAGCAAACGAUAAACACGGAAUGUUUAGAGAAUUUUAGACGGGCAGAUAUUUACAGUUUAGGUUUAAUACUAUGGGAAGUUUGUCGAAGAUGUAUAAGCAAUGGUGUUGGACUAGAAUAUGUUGCACCAUAUUCAGAAUGGCUUUCUAAUAAUCAAGAACCUUCUUUUGAAGAAAUGAGAAAACUAGUGUGUUUGGAUCAACAUAGACCACCACUUCCUAAUAGAUGGCACUCUGAUUCGACACUGGCCGGUUUGGGAAAAUUAAUGAAAGAAUGUUGGCAUGGGAAAGCUGCAGCGCGUUUACCUGUUCUUAGAGUAAAAAAAACACUUAUUAAAUUAGCAGCUAGUGACAUGCGUGUUCAUUUAUCUCUCGAUUAAGCAUAUAUAUACAUAAUUUGCGGUUUUUACGAUGUGGAUCGCUUUUUUUAUAUAUAUACACAGGGUAUCCAAAAAGUAGUCUAUGUCGUAAAAAUCGCAAAUUCUCUACGUUAAAAGAAAUCGAAAGGUCCUGUACCAUUUUGCAGUUAAUAUCAAAGGUUAUUUUAAUUUCUAAUUAGUUAUAUAUCUAAAACAGAAUUGCAAAGUGGAAAAGGACUGUUUGAUUUCGUUUAACGCUUAAAAUUUAUAAUUUUCACAGUGUACAUUACUUUUAGAACAUCCUGUAUAAACGUCAUAUACACAAGGUUUUCAGCAUAAUUGUCCGCAUGAUUUUUAACACAUUUCUGGUAACCUGACAGAGAUAUAUUUUGUACAAAAGUUUACGUUUUUUUCGAAGAAACAAGUGUUUCUUACAAAAACUUUAGUAUAAAAUCAAUGUCAGGUUGUCACAAGCGUCUUAAAAAUCGUACAUAGCGUUAAUUGAACGCUGUGUAACACGUAUUUAUUAACACCAGAAAAAAAAUCUCUUUAUUUUGUUCUAUAGAUAUACUUUUUCGCGAAAAUAAGAAUAAAACUUAUACAAUAAAAA